CUCUUGUCCAGGUUGCUCAGCCAGCUAUUUCAUCAGAACUUUCCGUCGGUCCCCCAUUACUAUCGAAAUCUGGUCCGAUGCCAUCCGCCAUAAAGCCUCUUCCUCCACUUCCCGUGGGUGCCUCAGCUCAGCCAUUGCCUCUUGUUCUCUCUGCUCAUACAGAGGAUUCAAGCCAGACAAUCCAUCUCGCCGUCGGGUCCGAUAGUUUUUUGUCUCCGAACAGCCAUUUUGCUCAACCACCUUGUCCAAUUGUGCCCAACCGAUUACCAACACCAACAAUGACCCCUUUGGUUGCUAGCACAGUUGUUAAUAGAUCUUCCAAACUCACUGAUGUGUCAUGCUCUUCAACUUCUAAUAUGAUGAUAAUGAGAAUGAUGCCUGCUUCCAACUCAGCAGCUACAUUCGUUGUCAAUGCGCCCACAGCCACUUCUUCCAACGCUACUGGUCUUGUUGGCUUGCCUCUUAUGCCACUUAUGAUACCUACAGUUGGUAAUAUGCUUUCUGCCUCGUCCCAUUUGAGUCCUACUAUUUCUGUGCCGAUCGAUGGUAUGCAGCAACAUUCCGGCUCUAAAUGGCUCCCUUGGGUCUCUCAACCAGGAGCUGUAAACAACUGCUCAGGAGGCGUUGUUACUGCGGUUCCUAGUCGUCAACACCUAUCCUGCUCUAUCUUGCCUCGACAGAUGGUUCCCCCAUUGACGCAUAUUCCUUUCUCCGAGAGCCAACACCAUUCUCAACCCCACCAUAAUCAUUCUCGUCAGCAUCAACAAAUAGGUAGGCUUCAAGAAUAUCCAUUUCCCAUUCCCUCAGGUGCGUUCGUAUCCCCCCCACCAAACCAGGUAUUCCAGACAGCGCUCCACCAACAGAUGUUUCCUUCCCCACAUACUCAGCUUAUUCUCAACACUCCAUCUAACUUAGCCUACUUAAACCAGCAGCACCAGCAGUCUCAUCAUCAGCUUCCAAUUCAUCCAUCUUUAUCGCAUCAACAAUAUCAACAACAGAGUAUUGACUGUAUGAUUUCUAUCAAUGCGGCUAAUUCCAAAGGACCAGACUCUCCUAUUCAUGGUCUUAAUUUAACUGCGAGUAAACGGACUGAUCAUCCCAAUAAAAAUGUAGAUGAAUAUGAGGAAGAGGGAGAAUUGGAAUACGAAGAAGAGGCAGAGGAUGAUGAUGAAGAAGAAGAGGACGUGGAAGAGGAAGAUGAGGAAGAGGAACGAGAUAAUGAAGAGACAGGAAUCCAAAAUCAGCGUCGCACAAACGUACAGAACAGGUUGACUGGAAAAACUGGUGCAACCGCUUAUCCGAGUAGUGAUCGGGCUUUAAUUCAAAGCCAUGCAUACUCUCGACGACAUAAUCAGUAUCAUGUCCAACCUAAUUUGCUUUCUUCACAUGACACGUCAAUUACUAGUACGACAUCCAACCCUCAA